CCACGACCAGCUGAGCAGAAACAUGACUUGGAGCUCAGUCAGCUUCAGUCCGUUAGAUACUUUGUGGUUAUGUCUGGCUCUGUGUUUCCUCGUAGCUUUUAUCAUUCACAAAGCCUCAACUCAGCUGCCGGUAGUGAACCGGAAGUCCACUUUGUUUAUAUUGUUUCAGGACCUCAUUCGUUACGGAAAAACCAAGCAGAAGCUAAACCGGUCAAAGUGGUUGACAGUUUUUGACGUCCCUAAACGGUGGUUUUGGCACUUUUAUGCCAUCUCUGUUUGCUGGAAUGUCUUCCUUCUGCUGUUAUCGUUUAACUGCAUGCACCAGCUGCAGCCUUACCCAUCAUGGCUGACUGGGAUGAUGGAGAUUUUAGCAGGUGUACCUGUCUUUGAUGGCCACGCCCCGCAGCUUUCCACAGUCCUGGUGCAGCUGUUGCUGUGUGUCCACUCCCUCAGGAGGCUCCUGGAGUGUCUGUUUGUCAGUGUGUUUUCAGAUGGGUCCAUGCAUCUGGUGCAGUAUUUGUUUGGGCUGGGAUAUUACAUUGUGCUGGGAUUGACUUUGCUUUGCUCAGAUAAAAUGGCAAGAGGUCCCAGCACUCACCUGUAUCAGCUAGAUUGGAUGCAGACGGCUGGAUUUCUUCUCUUCAUCGCAGCCUCUCUUGUGCAGCACCAGUCUAUGGUCCUGUUGGCAGGGCUCCGAAAAGGAAAAUCAGGAAGGGUGGAGACUCUGGCUCAUAGGGUCCCAGAGGGAGGCUGGUUCGAACUGGUUUCAUGCCCACAUUACUUCGCCGAGCUGCUUAUUUACAUCUCACUGGGCUUUGUUCUUGGCAGAUUCUCUGUCACCUGGUGGUUCGUCAUCCUGUAUGUUCUCUUCAACCAGGCACUUGCAGGACAACUUUGUCAUGAUCUUUACGUCAGCAAGUAUGAUUCCUACCCUAAGCACAGAAGAGCAUUUAUUCCUUUUGUGCUCUGAGAGCUAUGCAGCAAUAAAUGAUAAUUGGACUUGGAUUUAUACCUGUUUUAUACAUGGCCUAACAAUUGCUUAUUUACAGAAAAGAUGUGAAACAACAACCGUUGACCAAAACAUCAUUAAAACCACAGAGCUUUAAAUCAUUAAAGCAUGAAAGGGAUCAUUGAGGGGAAAAAACAGUCCUCUCUUAUAAGAAAAGAAAAUAAGGAAAAUUGAUGGCUAAAAAUCAUAAUGUUGACAAUAACAUUUUCUAACCUCAGAGACUUGAAACUCAUCACUCAAAAUAAACCAUCUGAAAUAACAGUGGAACCUUACAAAAACUUUUCACCAAUUAUAAGUGCUGGAUUACUCUUCUGCCUUUUUUCUUAAAAAUGUAGUAGACAAUUUUUCUGUUUAAUGUUCAUAUUAUCCAUUGGUUUUCCCACAUGCCAGUCUUUGUGUUUGUUUCCUCUUGCUGCACAUGCACACUUCUGAUGUUCAUGUAUCCCCCGAGAUUUGCUUUCAGCCAUUCAUUGUGGCUCUACUGCUUUAAAAAUUUCUGACAGUCACAAGACCUUAUCUGUCUUACAUGUUUGUGAGAAAAAGAGAAAAUCCUCAGUAGAAGAUAAGACCAGAGGAUAUGCGGGAGAUUCUUAAACAUAAUAGAGAAACUGCAUGUGCAAUUUAUUGAAAAAAACAACUUGGUUGUUGCUCACAUAGAUUUCUGGAAAAUGUUUCCACUAUUCGUUGUUUCUUGUCCUUACUUUUGUUAUAUGAAUUAUUUAAAUAAAAAAUAGAAAAAAAUGAUUUCUGGAAAAGUCUUGAUCCAUACAAAAAAAUGACCUGAAAUAUUAGAGUAAGUGGGCCAGAUCCGAAUGCAGAGAUUCAUGGUCCUGAGAAGUAAACAUAAAUUUAUUUUCCUUUAGUAUUUUUAAACUAAAUCAAAUUAUCUGAAAUUCCAUGUUUUGAUUUUCUCUUAUACCAAACACAUGGUAUAAUGCUGAUUUAUGUAAUACUCCAGAAUUACAUAAUAGUGCAAUAAGUAAGGCUUAAAAAAGAUUCCAAACUUUUAAUAUAAAUCAAUAUA